AUGAUGAGGGCAGCGACGGCACCACUCCGAGCGUCAUGCUCGUCCUUGCGAUACGCGCCACUCUCGCGCACCUAUGCAUCUGCCUCCGCAGCAACAUCCUCAGCCGCACCCGCAGCUUCCUCAAGCACACCAGCCGAGACACCGUCUCUUCCAUCAGCGGCGCCUCCCGGAACAGUGCUCAAGGGCGUCUCUAUCUUCAAAGACAAAGCAGACCCGGUAGCCCUUCAAGACAGCGAAUAUCCUUCCUGGCUGUUCAAGCUCCUUGACGACCCAUCGAUUGCAUCCUCGUCCUCUCUUGCAUCGAUUGAGAUGGCGGGUAUGUCGAAAGGUGAAGCACGAGCUGCACAGAAGCGUCAAUCCAAGAUCCUGCGUGCCGCACAACUGGCAAAGGAGAAGGCAGAGGCGAAAGCGGCAGAGCGAGCAGCAGCAAAGGGUGGCGACGCCGAGUCGAUCAAAGACACGAGUGCUGAGCAGGAAGCCGCAUUGAGCCCGGAGGAGAAGCGGUCAAGGUCGAUGACGAAGGCAGCGCAGGACGAGAGCGCCAGAAGAAAAGCGCUCAGGAGGGCGAACAAGGACUCUAUCAAGGCGCGAAACUUUGUCAGCGCAUCCUAG